AUGCCUGGCGGUAAGGGCAAGUCUUCGGGCGGGAAGAGCUCGGGUGGUAAGACGGGCGGCGAGGGCAACAAGAAGCAGAUGAGCCACUCCGAGCGUGCCGGUCUUCAGUUCCCCUGCGGUCGUGUCAAGAGAUUUCUCAAGAACAACACGCAGAACAAGAUGCGCGUGGGCGCCAAGGCGGCUGUCUACGUCACGGCUGUGCUCGAGUAUCUGACUGCUGAGGUGCUCGAGCUGGCAGGUAACGCCGCCAAGGACCUCAAGGUCAAGCGUAUCACGCCCCGCCACCUGCAGCUCGCCAUCCGUGGUGACGAGGAGCUCGACACGCUCAUCCGCGCCACCAUUGCCUUUGGUGGAGUCCUGCCGCACAUCAACCGUGCCCUGCUGCUCAAGGUGGAGCAGAAGAAGAAGAACAAGAGUCUGGUCGAGGCCUGA